AUGGACACCACAGCUCCCACAAAUCCUGCAGGUGUGCCUAUCUCCGAACUAGGUGAUGACGACACGGAGUCCGCCCGCUCGAGAUCGAAUCUGGGCGCAGAGCUUCCGGUUGUCACCGCCCGGGAGGGUCGGGUAGCUCUCACUGAGCAGACGCUACGUUCGCAUGUUGGGUCCCUUGGACCUCAACCAGCAUACGUGCCAUCACGAGCGUCGCUGACACAUCAGCCCUCACCCACAGUCGUAGGCUAUUCUCCGGUGCCUCCAUCGCACACCUCCGUUCCAACUGUCGUGAAUCAGUUGUAUCAGCAUCAGCAAAACGUUCUGAUCAGUGCGGAUCCUGCACUGAUUAUGGACACAGCAAAUGCAAGACAUGCUGAAGCCGUUCGCAACAUCCAAAGCGAAAACAGGGAGCAAAUUCUCGCUUUGGAAACAGGUGCCAUGAGUCAAGUCGCUCAGCUGAGGCUUGAGCAUGCACAGUUGCAGUCAAAAGCCAGAGCCUUUGAAGAACAGGCUAAUCAAAACAUCCAUGCUGGUCGGCAGGCCGUAGCCCAGUACCAAAUUGAGGCUGAAACAGCCGCUGCUGAAGCUGAGCAGCUAAGGCAGCGCCUCCUAUCCGCUGAACAGACAGCUGCGAAUGUUGUCGCCCAGGUGGAAACCGAGGCUAAUCGAAGGUUGCAGGCUAAUCAAGCCGACGUGUCGGCUCGUGACAACGAGCUCUCUCGCCUCAAAGGUGAGAUGCAAGAGAUGAUGAGGAUUCAAGCCCUCAACAUGGAGAUGCUGCAAAAGGACAAUGCCGAGCUAAGAACACGCUUGGCGGGAGCCAAAGCUGACCCAUUGGGCAAUGAACCGGAACAGUUUGGAAAGAUCACUUUCACCGGCCUUCAAGAGCUUGACGAUGGGAAAUCGGCAGCGGCCACCAGCGAUUCGAUCGCCCGGCAGACGCCGAGGAAGGCAAUCAUCCAGUUAGCCAGGGAUUACCACAAGGCUGGCGCCUCUGUACUUCUUUGGUUCCAUCAACGGAAUCCGGGGGGUACAGACAAGGAUCAGGACGAGCUCAAUAGCAUCAUGUUCUCCAAGACUUGGGCUUCGUUUGUUGACAUCGCCGAUGCUCUUAAGAAGUACAAAGCGAGGUUCAUCAUUACGUGGCCCAGGGACAGCGUGUUCUGGGGAUGGCAGCUUGUCAAGAGGGUACUUGAUGGCUAUGGUUUUAGCAAAACUCACCUUAAGCCGAUGGUUGAAGCUGCUGACUUUAAGCCUGAAGUCAUUGCCCACUACACGCUAGCCUCCAACACGAAGCGUCUUGUUGAAUUCUUGAGACGAGGAUUGAAGGAUAGUGCCAAGAAAUCAGAGUCCCAACACUACUUCAAAGGCACCCUUACUGCGAUCCUUGGUCGUGUUUUUGAAGAUCAUGAAGUCCAAAAAUCAGAGAGAAAUCAGACUCACGUUGUAGCUGUUGCGCUCAAGAUUCAAGCAUCCCCAACGUCCUCUCUUUCGCUCCUUCCCAUUGCGAACAUGUCCUCUGCCCAGAGCACCCGUGACGCUCUUGCACAGGGAACCGCAGCCCGGGAGGGUGUGCAGACUGCUGAGGAGUUGCAGUAUGCAACGGCUGAUCGUGAGGAACGCAUUCAGGCGUAUCGUGCCGCACUCAAAAGUGCCGAUCGCCUGGCUGACGCCGUGGCCGGAAUCACCCACCUUGCUCGGCAUGCUGACCUUGCUGAGGUGUUUGAUGAACCCGGGGCUGACGCCGACGGUGAUGAAAUGUUCCUUGGAAUCAUGACGGUGAAGGAAUGGCGCGACAUGCGUGUGCAUGCGCCGAAUGCGCCCUGGACUGCAUUGUACGAAGCCUGGUUCCGUCAUUAUGCUUGCCGCCAGGGCAACCCGUACAUGCAGGACCAACGCAACACCUCUCUGACGGGAUGGUCAGCCCUCAUCCUUCAGCACAUUAAGGAUUUGGGUAUCCUCGGAUGGGGUGUUAACUUCGAGAAUGCCAUCAAUAAGACGGCAAUGUAUGACAUUUGCCAUAGGGUCCACAUUCUGUCAGAGGGUAGCGGUACCUUCCCACUGUUUCCUGCGAGCUCAGCUCUCUUGGACGGGCUCUACAGCCCAGCCUUGGGCAGGAUUUCCGCGCCCCCCACGGCGGAAGCCGGUGGUUUCGACGGCACCGACAUUCUUGUGGCCGGGGACUCAUCCUUGGCAUUGUGCUGGAUGCAAGGAAAACGGUGUGUGAAGAAAACCACUAUCUUCCCGAUGAUGCAGGACAUAGUCCGCGCGAACCCAGAGUUCGGGGAAGUCACAUGCCUGAUGGAGUGGGGCAAAGGUCUCGACAGGCCGCAGAGUGAGCUGGACGAGAUUGAACAUUGGCCCGCAAAGCAGCGGCUGAUGGUCGAGAAGAGCGUCCGCCGUCUCAUCGAGCUGCGGAAGCACACUCGUGUCAGAGGCCUGACGGUUCUCUUGGGAGAUGACAACGGUCGUUUUUACAACCUGCCCAGCGAGUAUGAUGAAGAAAUGGGUAAGUACGCCCGGCAGUUGCUGAGUGCAGGCAUCAGCGUCGUUGAUCCAUCAAGUCUCCUGAUGAGGACUACGCGUCCUGAUGGGUUCCACAUCGAGGUCACUGACCCGAAUGUGACUGCAUCCUUGCAGUGGUGGCAUGCUCUCAUCAGAGCCGUGUCCACCGACCGAAUCAUCACUCGCCGGAAGGCUGAGUUCGUCGCCAAUCAGAGAAGUAUUGUGUUCCGCAAUCACUUCGAGCUUGGGAAGGCUGAAAAGACGCUCACGGUGCCGCCUGCUAGCCAGCGCAUCCUUGAGCCAUUGGACCACGCACCCAUGCUUCCGGCGGAAGCCAGGGAAGAGGAUGAGCAGAUCGUUCUCGACCACCCUCUUCUGAUGAUGAUGCCUGAGCCGGUCGAUGAUGUCGAUCUCAAGCCGGAAGGCUCUGAAGAGGUGACCCAGGUUGAACACGUUCUAUUCAGCCGUGAUGUUGGGUCAGAGCUGCCCCUCGACCUUGUCGCCAUCGAUCCUGAGGCGCAAGAGGACUUUGCCUUUACGGUGGCACGUGAUGUCAUCAACACCACGAAUGUGCUUAUCCCUGACGGAGACGCCAUCGAGAAGGAGGCCGCUGACGGCAUCCCCACGGUGUGGGACGAACCCCCGGUUCCGGCAUUGGAAGAUGACCGCAGACUCCCGAAAGGCACAGUCAGGUAUUCGCAGUCUCUUCGCAAAGUCGGGUCGACGCCCAAGUCGAAACCCGAUCCUGCCAAGCACAGGAGAAUCUCGGAGACAGUCGAUACCGACGACGAAGAGGAUGUCGUUAUGGACCUGGAUCCUGAUGACACCGCUCAGCCGUCGGAAGACGCAGCUCAGCCGUCGGAAGACGUUGCUGAUGACUUCGAGCCAUUCUUUGAGUGGUGGGGCUAUGAAGACAUCCCCGAUUUUGCCCCAAGCCAUCGCUACAUGACAGAUGGCAAGCGGCGAGCAUUGAGCUUAAUGCCAUGA